AUGUCGACUACCAAGUCUAUUACUAUGCCGGCGGCAAAGACGACUGGCACGCCGAAUGCCGCCCGAACAAAAUCCAGAGCCCCUACCAGAUCCACAAACAAAUCGCACAAGCGCUCUCGCUCAGGCUGCUUCACAUGCCGCUUGCGAAGAAAGAAAUGCGACGAAGGUCACCCGUCCUGCAAAGCCUGUACCAACCUAUGCGUCAAAUGCGAAUACAAGCGACCAGCGUGGUGGGGGAGUGCGGAGCAACGGGGGAUGCAAAAGGAGCGGAUCAAGAACAAGAUCAAGCAGACCAAGAUGAUAGAGCGACGCGGUUCCUUUAAUGGCCAUAUCGAACAUGGGCUCUCUGGUGAAUCGCCCCCGCUCACUGGAGAAUAUGAUUUCAACCGACCGGGCUUCGUCGAGACAUACGAUCCAUUCGCAAGCCAUGCGCAAGCCACGGGUUUCCACCCCAGUGCUUACCCGCCACAAUAUGCCCCCUAUGAAGUCGAUGUCCGAACCGAGAGACAGACAUUUGUCAACGAUGUUCCUUUGCGACAAGACUCGUCGGUUUCUACAUUCAGCGCGAUGGGGCCGCCACAACUUCAUCAUACUCUCCCAGAAUUCCACGGAGACGAGUGGCUGCAGGAAGAAUGCUUCAACCGAACCGACCCAUACUACAGCGAAGAUCACUCGAUCAUCCCGCAAACCAUUGGGCCCUCACUAUCCUAUCUGCCUACAUCAACUGUGCCCGUCGAUGAACAUGACCGACCACUCUUGGAUCACUUUGUGGAAAAUGUUCUGCGCUUGAUUUUCCCCAUCCUUGAGAUCCAUCAACGCGGCCCUGCACGCGCAAAAGCGAUUCUGAACUCUCUCGAGACAAACAAGUCCUACCUUCAUUGCUGCUUGAGUGUUUCUUCGAUUCAUCUCAAAUCCAGCAUGGGCCUGAGUGCCGAUCAGAUCGACCACGACAUUAUGAGACAUCGUUAUGAGGCAAUUUCACAGCUGUGUCAGGCUCUGAAUCGCGACACUGAACAUGAACAGGUUCUCGAUGCGACCUUGGCAAUGAUCUUCUUUCAUUGCCAAGUUGGUGCGCCCGAUGAUUGUCUGCCAGAUAUUCCUUGGAACGCUCAUUUCCAAGCCGUGUCAAACCUGGUUGAUAGACUCGAGCUGCCCAUCUCAGAAACCCGACCCACGGAUCCUGGAGCAGCGACUCCUUUCAACAUGUCUCUUACUUCCUGGAUCGAUAUCCUGGGCUCGACAAUGUUGGGAAGAACACCGCAAUUCGCACACACCUAUCGCUCCAAGCACCUGACUGGUACCUCAUCUGGCCUGCGAGAAUUGAUGGGAUGCGACGAUCGAAUAUUGUAUCUCAUCUCCGAAAUUGCGUGUCUAGACUCCCUGAAGACAGAGGGACGCGUCGAUGAACUGUCCGUUUGCCAUCAUGUCUCCGCAUUAGGUGCCCAGCUUGAAUACACCGAGCCAGCCGAUCCGACCCUCGAGCACCCCUAUUCGUCUACUGGCGCUAUUCAGCCAGAUGUGCUGACGAGGACAAUGAGCUCGCUGUUCCGCAUUGCAGCCCGCAUCUACCUGUGCAGCCUCGUUCCGGGAUUCGACAAUACCCAGCCCAGCGUCGUCAACCUUGUCUCUGCCUUCACAGACGCUCUUAAAUACAUCCCAGCCGGACCGUACGGCUUUGACAGGUCACUUGUGUGGCCUCUAUUAAUGACCGGAUCAUUCGCGACGCCGACAAGUGCAUUCCGCGGCGUCUUGGCCGAGAGAGCCGCUGCGCUUGGGGAAAUCGGUGACUUCGGCGGCUUUGGUCGAAUGUACUGUGUUCUACAGGAGGUAUGGAGACUAUCGGACGACCCAGAUGCCCCAAUUAUCAUUGUAAGUGAUGCUGGGUCAUACUGCCCGCAAUAUUCUGGUGUCAAGCAAGAAACCUCGACUGUCGACCCUGGGGCUUCUGGUAUGCGAUCUAUCAAGAAGCAAAGUGUGCAUUGGCGGGACAUCAUGCAUCGAAAUGGCUGGCAAUAUCUGCUGAUCUAG